AGACCUAUACAAUGUGAGCCGCGGAGCAAUCCAGCGGAAUGCUCAAGUGAAUUGCGAUUGGUUCACUGUCUUGCCACUAGCCUAUUUUUAGAUUUAGGUCUUGCCCCUGCUGUUAGGCUACCAUGAACUUGAGCGAGGAGAACGACAGUGAACAGUGAACGUCGAGCUAGUUAGGUCACCGUGUAGCGUCUGUUGAGUUGUGCCUUUGUUGAAUGGUGUGUUGUUAGUGUUGUUAGUGGAGUGGUGAAAGUGUAGUAUUAUUACUUGAGUGUUCAGUUCCAAUGCAAGAUGAACGGAAUCGAUUUUUAGCCAACAAAUUAGAUUACUAUAUGUAGAUCUAGAUCUAGUUUUAGGAAUCGAAGCGACAAAUAAGAAGAAUGAAAGUAAAAGCAAUAGAUCUAGAUCUAGAUCUAGAUCUAGCCCAGAUCUAGGCUCUCACCAACCCAGAUUAAAAUUAGGCCAACACACCGUCCCAUUCAGUGGUAUUUACUACGCCCUUGUUGCCUGUCUUCAAUCGGUGAUAGUUUCAUAUUGUGCUCGCCCACUUUUUAGACCCACAAGCCGUUGGCUACUGUGUUAGAUCUGGAACAAUCUGUCAGAGUGCUCACAGCGAUGUUCGAUCGGUUCAUUGUCUUGCCCCACCUCUGUGAUCCUGAACUUGAGCGAGAUCAACGUGACGUAGGCCUAACUAGGCCUAGCCUAUGUCAGUGAGUUAGUAGAGCCUGACUUGGACUUGAAACGGUGUUAUGGUGAAAUUGUUAUUACUUGAGUGUGUGUAGGGCCUAAUUCCACGCCAGGAUGAAUGAAGUUGAUUUUUUGCUUGUGAAUGAUUUCAGUUCUCUGAAACUAAGGGACCAGAUGAGAGUGAAAGAAUUAGGGCCUCACCAACCCAAAGAUAUCAAAAUAGUCCAACCAACAAAAGUGUGCAAUCGUGUUUUCAAUCCGAAUCUUUUCGAAACAGUGGAAUGGCUUACAGUCAGUGUUAGCAAACACUCACUGCACUGUUUCUAUUGUCUGCUUUUUGGAACUGAUGACGCCAAGUGGUCUAAGAAUGGUUUUAAGGAUCUUGUCCAUGUGAAACAAAGCAUUGGGACACACGGGUCAUCAAAAGCUCACGUCAACAAUGCUGUGAAGUAUCACACGUUCGGACUAGAUCUUGAUCUAGAUCGAGAAGACACAGCAGCGCAGUUCAACUUAGGCCAUCGCAUCACAACGAUGUCUUACCACAACGAACGAGUGAGAAAGAACAGGCACGUAUUGUGUAAUGUUAUCGAGUGUAUUUUGUUUUGUGGAACUCACGGACUCGACCUUUACGGUCAUGAAGAAGGUGAUUUGUCGGGGAACAGAGGUAUCUUUCUUGAUUUACUGCACCGAGACGCUAACACGGACAGGAUACUGUCUGAUCAUUUGCAAAGCGCUACUGUUGCAACAUAUACUUCCAAAAUAAUACAGAACGAACUGCUGGACUGUAUUUUCAAAAUCUACCACGAAGAACUGAAUAAAGACAUACACUCUGCUAAGUUUCUCUCUGUUCAGGUCGACGAAGCAACUGAUGUAGGUCAUUUUUCACAGUUUGCGAUCAUUCUGAGGUAUAUUAAGGACGGAAAACCGGUAGAGCGGUUUCUAAAGUUUUUUGAAGCCGAAGACAGAACUCAAUCAGGGCUCGUUUCAACCCUACGAGAAGCUUUAGAACCAUUCAGCGUCGAGGAGAAGCUGAUCGCGCAAACCUACGACGGGGCGGCUGUGAUGAGUGGGAGAGUCUCUGGUGUACAGGCUCAGAUGCGCCAAUUUUUCCCCAAUGCUGUCUUAGUUCAUUGUCAUGCGCAUCCGCUGACUUUUGUUUUGAAGCAGGCUUGUUCUGGCAUAUCAGACUGCAGGAUAUUUUUCGCGAACGCGGCUGGCUUUUCGGCAUUUUUUGCCCACUCUACAGAACGUAUGGACGUUCUCAGACGCUUUUGUGACCGGAAUAUUUCACGGCUGUCUGAAACGAGGAGGAAUUAUCAGUCUCUGCCUAUUAAAACAGUCUUCACUUGCAAAGGAGAGAUCCAGCUCUGUCUUCAAGAAAUUCUGUCUGAGCACUGGGACGAUGAUACCACCCGCGAGGCGUGUGGUCUCUUGAACGUAUUAAAGAGCGACACAUUUCUCUUCUUUUUGGACUUUUUUAACAAAAUGUUCUCGCAUGUUGACGUUCUGCAAGUGAUCCUCCAACACGGAAGUACAACGCCCUUAGAAGCACAACAAGCUUUAGAUGCAUUUAAAACAGCCGUCGAGGAAAUAGGAAAUAGUAUAAGUGUUCCUUCAACGAGUCAGACCACAGAGGAACAAGCUACCAAGAGACGCAGACAUGACAACACCAGAGAAAUUGCUGCAAAGGAGGCCUGUGACAUAAUAGUUCAUCAAAUUGUUGACCGUUUCUCAGAGCAAAAUAAAAUCAGUACACUAUCAAUCGUCGACCCCUCCAGAUUCCAGGACUAUCAAACGUGGUUUCCCUCAGCUCUUUGGGAUAGUAUUAGUAAUACAGAAAGCUACUCCGUCUUGCCUAAAAUGAAGUUACAAACAGAAUUAGAAAUUUUAUACAGCAAUGAAACAUUUAAGUCUGCUCAGUGUGGCACAAUGCAGGGCCUUUAUUCAACUCUGAGGGACUACAAACUCGACACAACAUUUACAAGAGUAUGCAGAAUCCUAGAAAUCGCACUGACGACACCAAUAGCGUCUGUCGAAACUGAACAAAGUUCCUCUACACUGAACCGAAUAAAGGCGUUCUCCCGUUCUAAAAUAGGGCGAGAGAGACUAGAUGUCCUCGCCUUUAUGUCUGUUCACAAGGACGUCAUUGACAACAUCCCCAACUUCGUCAACAGAAUAAUGGACGCCUUUGCUGAAACAGAGGAACGAAGGGCAGACUUCUUGUUCGAGUAGAUUUUCCCCAAACAGCCAUGUACUUGCAGCCACUCCGCUUCUUCUGUGACCUAUUGACCUUCUGGAGCAGCUUCUCGGCCACUUCGGGACGCAGCACCUUG